AUGCCCAAGGAAGAUUACGAGACAUAUGACCUCGGGGAUUGGGAGCUUCAAAGUGGAGAAAAGAUUAAAAAUGCGCAUAUCGCGUUCAAAACAUUCGGCGAUCCGAAAUUGCCAGCCAUAUUGUACCCCAGUUGGUUCUCGGGCUUACUGUCCGACAACUUCUGGCUGAUUGGAGAAAACAAGACCCUUAACCCCAAAGAGUACUUCAUAAUUGUCACUGCCCUUUUUGGGAACGGUCAAUCUUCAUCGCCAUCGAAUCAGCCUACGCCUGGGCCAUUCCCAAAGGUCGUAUUCUACGAUAAUGUGCGUGCACAGCACGAGCUUAUCACUAAGCAUUUCGGCAUUACCCACUUGCGUGCGGUAGUCGGGUGGUCUAUGGGUGCUGGCCAAACGUUUCAAUGGGCAACUCAAUAUCCGGAAUUUAUGGACUUUGCAGUUCCGUUUUGCGGAUCAGCAAAAACCUCUCUGCAUAAUAAAGUGUUUUUGGAGGGCGUCAAGAGCUCUCUUCUUGGUGUUAAAGGAGUCCGGUCUGCUGGAUCUGGGGAAGUUGGAAUACAGAAAGAUCCGUCGGAGUUCCGGAUUUGGACCGCCGAGGAGAAGGAGACUGGCCUCAAAGCGAUGGGCAGGGUGUAUGCUGGGUGGGGAUUCAGCCAGGCUUUUUACCGGGAGAAAUUGUAUGAGAAUGUCCUGGGAUACAAAGGACUUGAAGACUUCAUGCAGAAUUUCUGGGAGAAAUGGGCCUGCUCAAAAGACCCCGAAAACCUCCUGGUCAUGAUCCAAACAUGGCAGAACGGCGACGUUUCCCAGCAGGAGCCGUAUAAUGGAGAUUUUGAGAAGGCACUGGCAUCAAUCAAGGCGAAAACACUUGUGCUUCCAGCCAAGACUGAUCUUUACUUCCCGCCAGAGGAUUCGGAAUAUGAGGUUGCUUGUAUGGCGCCCGGUGUUGGAAAGCUUGAUAUUUUCCCAUCUAUUUGGGGGCAUUGGGCAGGAGGCCCUGGUGAUAGUAAGGAGGACGUGGAGUGGCUGGAUAAGCAGCUUGCAAAAUUCUUUGCAGAGAGCAAGUCAGACGGCAUUGCAGAUUUAGUGGAGAAGGUGAAGAGUACACUCCUGUAA